CUGCAACGCCCUAAUGAAUUUUUCUCUUUUUGGGGUGCUUCAUUUGCUUUCCUUUCCUUUUUUGUUUGUUUCUCUCUCUCUCUCUGUCGGAUAAGCGCGCUCUUGGAAAGCUGCGAGGCAUAUAGGUCUGUGUUCGUGUCGUCUUAUCAAAACAACAGUUUGUCACGUGAAAAUAAGCCGUUCGCUCGGAAACGAAGCCAGCACAGAGGAUAACUGACUGUGGUUGAUCCAUUGUUCUGACGCCACGCGUUGUCAUCACUGACCUGCCAGGUGAGCCAGGAUACAAACGGCGCUUCUAGGUGUGUCGCUGAGGAAUUUCCAUGGGAAAGUUGUCGGUUAACUUCUGCGAAAAUACAUUCAAGACGGAAGAAGAGCCGGGAGACCUGUCAUAGAGCCAUGUCCAUUGAAUACACAAUUGACAUCCAGUUAACUGAGCUGGGAUUCCCAGACAUCCUGCAGUUAGGGCAGAGCCCGACCAGAGAGACAACCAGUCAUGUCCCCACUUCACUUCCAAACCCACACAAACGGACACGGCUGUCACGUGACGACGACGACGACGUCGCGGGUCCUGCAAGCCUGAGCUCGAAAAGCGCGACCCUUGUAACGAGUGCACAAUAUGGGGACUCCGCCAAAGUCAGUGUACAUGUGGGACAGUCAGAGUCCACGGAGGACGACUCGGACGACAGUGAAAUUUCAGGUGUGUACGAGGAAGAAGAAGAGUUUGACGAGGAUGGGGACUGCGAAGAGGAGGCGACAGUAAACAAUGAUGGGAGCCAGUCAGGCAACUACACCUGCAGUGUCUGCAGUCUCCAGCUUUCCUCCAAAUUCAAGCUCCAGGACCACAUGAACUUGCACACUGGAGCACGGCCGUAUCGCUGCGCUGAAUGUGGGAAGUGCUUCUGCCAAAAUUACAACUAUCGAAUUCACCUGCGCACACAUGCCCAAACCAGAGUGCACCGUAUUUUGUGCCGCGUCUGUCAGAUGAGCUUUGCAUCAAAGGAGGAUCUGGAGGAGCACCUUUUAAAAUCUCACCCCGAAAAAGAGUUUUACGAGUGUGACCUGUGCAAACGUGUGUUUACAUCUCUGAUGAAAUGUCAGUCUCAUGUCCUGUUACACAAAUGUAUGCCGGGUAUUGUUUGUGAAGUAUGUGGCCGCAGUUUCUCCAACCCCAAAGCCCUCGCACGCCACCAUAGGAGGACAUGCCGCCGCAGUUUUAAGUGCACAGACUGCACAGAGACCUUUAACAAGAAGAAUGCUCUCUUGAAACACAGCUUUUCCCAUCUUGGUUUGCUACCUUACACUUGUGUACGAUGCCGCUGUCACUUCCGUCUGGCAAAGCUGUACCGCCAGCACAAGUGUCAACCUCAGCUCAUUCACUGCGUGGCAUGUCUGAGGGAGUUUCUUAAUGAAACUGACUUCCAGCAGCACAAAAAGGACACAGGCUGCUGGGGCAAUCAGGAGCCUAAAGGGGACGAGAUCAGAUGCUUGGAAUGUGGAGAGUUGUUUUCAACUUCAGAAGAGUUGAAGAAACAUGCCGGGGGCUCACACAGAGGAUUCUGAAAUGUGCUGAAUGUGGGAAAGGGUUCCGCUCAGCCUGCUGUUAAUGUCCCACAUGGGAGGUCAUGCCGGCAACGCGCCCUGCCUUUGUCAGAGCUGUGGACUGGGCUUUCUUCACCAGCAGAACUAUGAUAGCCACCUCAAGACCUGUGGACAAACACCCCAACCUGUGGUAAGUGUGAGGGCAGAGUUUUAAAUGACCACAAUGGUGAUUUUAACGCCACCUUUGUAUACUGUGAAUGUUUUUCUUUUUUAUCAGCAUCACACCAGCAAUCCUUAACUGUGCAUAUAGUCGUUGGCAUCAUCAACAUGUAAAACUUGAGAUUUGGCAUCUGGAGAUUAUUAGAGAUGUAGCACUCAGGGUUGCCUUCUUGAUUCCUCAGCAUCUUUGGCACAAAUUUUGGCAACUAAAUAAGUUAAGCUGCUGAUAAUCUUGUCAUUAAUUUAUGAGUUAUUUUGGUCUGCAAAGCUUCAGAACAUCGAGACAAAUAAACAAAAGAUGUUGCAUCACA